CAUCAGUUGUCUCCUGCAGUUCAGAGUUCAGCCUGUAGUUCCCUCUGUGACCAGCAGGGGGCAGCAGCAGCUCCAGCAGCCUGAGAGGAGCCGAGAAACAGAAAGUCCUGAAUGAGUUCACCUUCAGGUAAACAGUUUGUCCCCCUCAGCUCUGAAGACUUUCACUCAACCCCGACAUCAUGAAUGGCUCCCUGCCCUCCUCACCCGGCGUGAUGGACAUCGAGCUGAAGAGAGGACCUUCAGGUCUGGGAUUCAACAUCGUCGGGGGUGUGGAUCAGCAGUACGUGGUGAAUGAUAACGGCAUUUAUGUGGCCAAGAUUAAAGAGGAUGGAGCCGCAGCGUUGGACGGGAGGCUGCAGGAGGGGGACAAGAUACUGGCGAUAAACGGAGUCGUGCUGGAGGAGCUGACACACAGAGCCGUGGUGGAGUUGUUCAGGACGGCGGGGGAGGACGUGAAGCUUCGUGUCCUUAAAAAGCUCUCCCGUCACAUGAACGGUCCCCUCGGCUCCCGGCCCGAGCAGGAGUCCUCCAUGUCCUCUCUGGGAGUCCUCGCCGUGUUAGCCGGAGCUGCGGCGGUCGUCGCGUUCAUUUUCAUGCGGCACCACAGGAAGCACUUUUAACCAUCCGACGUGUGUUUGUUAUUUUAUACGAUCAAAAACUUUACCAAAGGCCAAAGAGGUGAAAGAGGGAACAGAGUCAGAGCAGUAGGCGAUACUUCUUUCUUUAUUUUGUUGUUUUGUUUGAUUAAUAGUCGAGGUCGCUGACGAGUUUCUCCAAGUUCACGUGAUUAAGUCGCUUCCUGAAACCCUUCCUAUGCAAAAAGAAGCUCUCACGCCGCAGAGACGCCUUCGUCUGAGGUCGCUCUGUGACGUCAGGGAGAUGAAUGUACUCCAGACAUUCCUGCUGCUAACAGACGCCGACGUCGUACGCAGACAAAUGAUUAUAUAUAUCCACGCUUCAAAUUAAAGUCAGGUGUUUGAUUCUCAGUUUGCACAGAAUCAGAAAGGAGCGGCGUCCUUCUUCGGUUAACAAGAACAAUUAAAACUUGUUAGAGUGCCUUAUCAAGAACUGAUGGCGUCCACUUCCUGUUAGCUCCUUAAAACUAGAAAUCAACACAUCCUUUAUUCUUUCUGUCAACAAAUCCUGUCCACAAGUUCAUCUGUCCUUAAAAUAAAGUCUCAAAUAUAUAAAUAAAUAUUAAAUAAUGUUCCUGAAACAGCGAUGCGACAGCUUGUUCAGUCAUCGUGUUGUGAUCGGGUUUGUUGACGUUAAGAAAAGUCUGAAAAAUCAGCUGAUUUUUCCUCUUAAAGGGCCAGUGUGUUAAAAAACUCAAGAAUUGAAAUGAUAUAAUCUCCUGAAUAUAGGAAGAGUUCAGAGGGAAUGGAUCCUUUUUUUAUAGACUCCAUGUUCCUACGGUAGCCCAGAGAGGACAAACAAAGCAGUGGAUCUAAAGAGGGACGGUGAUUGCAUCGGAUAGGGUCCAGUCUACGGCGGACCAAAGUGGGCAUUCAUUCAGACACUUUAUUAACUGGUUUUUCCCCCGUGAUCAGUUCCAGUUGUUCGCUGGGGAUCUCAACUUCCUGUCACAGGAUAACAGCGCUUAUUGUCACAUCAUCACUUCUUCAGAUCGGUUGUUUUCUUGAGAUCUCUACUUAUUAUUCUCAUCUUGUCCCGAUGACUGAGCUCGUUCUCCCAUGAAAUAAGAAUUGAUCCCACUUUCAGAUACAGGGAGAAUUUUCUGGCUGUUCACGAUGUGCCGUGCGAUGCUAUACAAACUAUUUCUACAUUUGUUUUGUGGUUUUGCAACUCAGAGAAUACAAGUUAUGAUCAUCUGACCCUGCAGAGAAUAAGUCAAGAUCUCAUUUAAGCAACUGACCUGAUAAAAUCUAAGGAUGCAUGUCCACUUAGGGCUUCCGUACAAAUCAAACCUCAUUCAAAAACGAGCUUUUUAAAAGCUGUUAGCAUCGUUGAAGACUGAAUUCAGACCUUUUCCAAAUCUGCAUCAUCAUGUUAUUAUUUCUGCAUCCUGUCACAUGUUUUAUUUUGAUCAGUUUAGGGUUCAGACUCAUUUCACAUUUCAGUCGACGUGCUCGAUACAGUGAAACUGAACGUAGGGAGAAGUUCUGGUUCUGAUCCCGGCUAACCGGUCAUCAAACUCAGCCUUGAGCAUCUGGAUGAAGCGGGGCAGUUCAUCCAGACUCAGCUGUGUUUGGUGUUCUGACAUCCUUAAGGGUUUAAUGUCUCUAGUUCUCAUUAAUCAACAACUCAAGGUGUGAAUUCACCUGCAAACAUCAUGCAGUAGUAAUCUGGACCCUCGCCACCAGGUGGCACUAACCCUCACACACUGCUCCUUUAGAGACACACACAUCAUAUCAAAGUAUCAUGAAGUAAUCUCACUUGUGAGGAGUUUAUUAUAAAGUAUGUAUUAUAAAAGUCACUCAGGUAGAAUCAUUCAGCCCAUAUCUUUAGUAGAAUCAUUCUUUAUCAUGAAUAAUGUAGUGGGCAGCUUGUUUGCGGUGCGUCGCAGCCAUUUUUAACAUUCACACCUCCUGCUGAGCGACCGUCGUCGUGGGGUGAAGAUGAAAACAAAUGUAUGAUUGGAUAGAAGACGUUGUGGGUGUGAAGGAUUUAUACUGAAAAGCAGCUGGAGCUAGUUCACUUUAAAGAGGAUGAGUUUCUGUCAACAGCUUCAAAAAAAUGUUUGUUUUUUUGCACUAGCCACAAUCAUGGAACUCCUCCAGUAACGGCCUUAGAGCAGGUGAAUAGGUGAUCUGUGUGUGCUGGGUGUAUUUGUCUGCAGAGCGUUCAUCAUACUGUCCUCUCUGAGCGUUGGUGACUCUCAUCGUCUGUAAAUACAUUUCAUGUCACUCUGCUGAGUGGGAUUGUGAAUAUGUGCAGUAUGCCAGAAAUGUGGAUCAGAGCACUAAUAAAUUAUACAAAUACUGUGUUUUACAUCCAGACACCUGUUGUAUUAAAAUUCAUGUUGAAUUCA